CUAAUUAACUAAGAAAAUCUACAUAAACGUUCUUUUCACAUAUAGUACUCUCAAUUUUCAUUAUGUGUGACAUAUUCGAACAUUAUUAUACUUAUAUGGUUAUAUGCGUUCUUAAAUUAGAACGCAUCAAAAUUUAUGGUCUAAAUAACUAUAAAAACUACUUAAAAUCGUAUUAUUUUACGCACGUAGUUAAAGUUUUCCAGUUGUUAGACACUUAUAGUGUUAACAUUGUCUUAGAUGUAUUCAAACUGGGCAGUCGGUUUUAAAAUGAUCGUCAUAAUGUACAUUGCAUUAGCAACUUGCUUAUCUUACAAUCAUGCAAAUGAAAUUUUCCCCGAAGCUUUGGUGUUUGAAGGAUUAGGCUUAUCGGAUAUAAUCAAUAAUACGAAAUCUAGUGAAAAUCGUAACAAUACUAUAAUAAUUGCUGGAGAUUUAAAUGAUGCUUUAACUACCAUGAAUUUUCACAGAAAAAACAUAAAUGACUAUCUCUGUCGGCAAUACAUAGUUGAAGAAAUAUUAAAAGAUAUUACAGACAGUACGUCGUUUGAAGGCCGAUCGAUGUCCCUAGACAGCCGUGGAACAAGUAAAACAUCAUUGAUGCAAACAGAUCAAGGCUCAUCUGCUUACAAUGCAUGGCUUAUCAAAACAAAACUAUUAAAAAGAAUUUAUGACGAAUAUGAUUUAAACGUUAGAAUGCGCGAAAAACCCGUUGGAUUCACACUAACAAAUAAAAAUAAUGAAAGCUUAGGAACACGUGACUAUGAAACCAUGAAAAACGUAGAUGAAGUAAAAGAUUUGAAAAAUUCUUAUCACCCAAACGAAGAUUCAUUUUCUAGCCCCAGUGAUACAGUCAGUGUGGAUUUUACACAAAGUCAAUCUGUAGAAUACGAUAUUGAUGACGAUAAAAAGUACAAAAAACCAAACCAAACAUACCAUGGUCUUCCCGAUUUCAACCCUACACAAUCUACCCAUCUACCUCCAUCAGCAUAUGAACCCUCUUUUCCUUUAUCAACACAUGGACUACCAUUACUUCCAGCUAAUUAUGGACCCUCGACGUUUUUAAAUGAAACGCCUUCAUACCCAUCGGAUUAUGAAAUGCCACCGUUGUCAUCAUAUGGACUACCUCCAUCUUCUCAUCAUAAACUACCUCCGUCAUCACACGAAUCACCGCCGUCAUCAUCAUAUGGAUCACCUGCAUCAUCAAACGGUCACUCUUUUUUACCUCAAUUAAAUUACCGUUCACAAAAUUAUCCUUAUCCCGGAUUGAUUCCCCCAACUGAAAAUCCAGGUCCCGAUCUUACGACCCGAAAUAUCAAAACAUUUAGUCAAUUGGAAGACGAGGUACAUACUUUUGAUAAAGAACCAAGACGAGGACUUACAGCAACGGAUAUGUACGAUCUAACUUUAACAGCUAUUGCGUUCUUGGGGUUCGGUACAUUUAUCAUGAAUCUAGUCAUGGACGCUAUGACGGUACAAUCGGGAGGAACGCUUACGAUAAAUUCAUCACCAUUACACGGUGCCACAGUGUCCAGAACUAAAAGACACGACAACCCCGUAUUUUGGGAAAUAAACGAGUUGUCAUGGACCAUAGUAUCGACAAUUGACAACACGAUUGCCAACGUAGACGGGUCCUUUGUGAAUUGCAAAGAAGUCAAAGCACUAUGCCAAACAUCUAAAAAAUUAAUAAAAACUGGUACAAAUUUCAGUUCAAAAUUAUUACCCGUUUGGAAUGUUGCUUUAGGAUGGCUUUCAAAUAAAUUAGGUACAGAUAAAAGCCAGCCAGUGAUAUCUGCAUUAUUAGGUCAUUGUAUUUUACCUUCACAGUGUCAAACAAAUGCAUAAUUUUUUCAUCUAAGUGAUUAAUACAAUUUAUAAAUACAUAUA